AUAGCUCCCCCUCUCUCCACCUCACUCCUCCUCGUUCUGUCUGCCUUUUCUCUUUGCUCGGUGAGUCGCAGUAAAUCCUAUUGUGAUGCAAAACUGAUUUUCGGUAGAGAGAGGCAGAAACAGAGAGAGAGAGAGAGAGAAAGGGAAGGAGAGGCUUUGGAUUUCAGUUUCAGCAGAUCUGUUCUCAGUUUGAUCCCUCUUCCCCUCUACAAACUUUCGGAACUCUUUCCGGAUUGAAUCCGUGCUGCUGUUCGACCCUAACCGCCGCAGGAUCCGCCCGUUCUGUGCUUUAGGAAUGCACUUUGCAAGAAAGGCGCAAAACUCUGACCCUGAACAGCUCCUACUUAGUUGUUUCGCAAACCAGGAAUUAUAAAUGAGCGGCGACAGCGAUGCACCUGUGAGCGAUCCAGGGUUUACUUCAUUCUGGGUUCCAGCACCGCAGCCAGGCUGAGAGCUGUCCCCGCAGGCCGGGCAUGGAGAGCCGCGGCCGGGCGGGGCUCCAGCCGGCGGGCGGAGGAGGAGGAGAGGGAGGCGGCUGGGUGCUGGUGGAGGCCCGGCUGCAGGGAGGAGCGCCGUGGGGCUUCACCGUGCAGGGUGGUCUGGAGCACGGAGAACCGCUCAUCAUCUCCAAGGUGGAAGAAGGCGGCAAGGCAGACAGUUUGGAGCAACCUCUGCUGGUUGGGGAUGAGAUCAUCAUCAUUAAUGACGUGGAGCUGAGUGGAUACCGACAGGAGGCCAUCGCUCUGAUCAAAGGAUCGUUCAGGACUCUGAAGCUCACUGUCCGCAGGGAGUUCGAUCCUGGAUACGUCGAGGAGUUUACCACACCAAACUCCACGGCCGCUCUUCGUCUUCCCUCACCUCCUCCUACUCUCUGUUUUCAAUCCCCGUCACUGUCACCACCUCCACAACAGGAAACCCCGUCGUCCAGUCACAGCAGGCCAUGUUCGGCGGUCCAACUACGCAUCAGAAACCGACGGAGUGAGCAGGCGUCUCGUCCUCAUUCCUGGCACUCGACAAAGCUCGGCGAAGGUCAGCCGGACCUCGAGGGGGGGAUGAUGGACUCAUUGACCACCUCCUGGCACCAGAGUUACCCAACCAGUGCUUCAACUACUGACCUCUCGGGUGGGUUUGACACCACCGGGGGCUACCUGAGGAAGAGUCCGGACCAGUACAGCUCCAGGGGCAGCAUGGAGAGCCUGGACCAAACCCAGUCUCCCCAUCAUCACCCUGUAAUUCAGCAGCAACACCCACUGGGCCACCGCAGCCACUCUGGAUCCCACCCGGCUUACUCCUCCUGCCAGCAGCUGUCCUCUGCCAGGUCCUCAAAUAGCAUUGACCACCUGCACAGCAAGCGAGACUCCGCCUAUUCCUCCUUCUCUACCAGUUCCAGUAUUCCAGAGUACCUUGCCUCAACACCUUCAUUCAGUCCAGAGCGCUCCUAUUCUCUGGAAACCGUCCCUCAGAGAGCAGGAGGAAGUGCAGAGAUGCUCCAGGCUGACAUACGAUAUGUCCGGACUGUUUAUGAUGCCCAGCAGGGUCUGUCUCAAGAGCAUGAGCUAAACUCCUCCAGAGGCGGGGCGAGAUCUGGGCCAGGAAGAGAUCACCAAGGUUCAGUUGGUGGGGUCUGUUACCGCGGUGCAAACGGUAGCAACGCCAGUGGCAGCAACUGCAGUGGCGUACCAGCUUCAAACAGACACAGCGUGGGACCAAUAUGGGGACAGGCAGCCAGUCGCAACUCCUUCGAGAGCCUGAAGGGGGCACCAGCUCCGCCAAGGCGCAGCGACAGCUAUGCCGCCAUCAGGAACCACGAGAGGCCAAACUCCUGGUCCAGUCUGGACCACGCCCGAUCACUACGGACUCUGCAGAAAGGCUCCUGGCAUCACUCCAGCGGUCCCGUUGCCACAGCUAAAGGAUCAUAUGGCAUAGAUGGUCAGCUGCAUACUGUGAUAGAGAAGAGUCCAGAGAGCAGUCCCACCAUAAAGCCCAGACAGGGCGGAGGGUUCUCCCAGCCCCCGUCCCCUACUGGACCCUUCUCAGGUUCCGCAGCUACCACCUCCCCGCCCAGCCGCCUUAUUCUUCCUGCCAGCUUGUACCCGGUUCCCCAGCCUGAGCCUCAGUAUGCGCAGACACCAAGCUCUGGUCCGGGUCCUGGUCCGUCUGGAGUCUACACAGCCCUGACCACGGAGAGCAGCCGGCAGCAGGGGGUCAGGAAUGAGGUUGUGAGGGAUGAAAGGAUGUCAGCCACAGAAAAUGGCCACCAAAGUAUCAGUUCUUCAGUGCAUUCCUGCUCCUCCUAUUCAGGACCUGGCUCUUCACAGCUCAGGUCUCGAGUGUCUGAGGCGGACAGUUGGUACCAACAACAAGAGUCCAACACUGAAACCCAUAAACCACAUGUAAAAACUACUGGAAGUAGAUCUGAGGGUCCGACUGGAGCCCAAAGACCUUACAAAAACCAUGGACCUUACAGUCAGAACUUCAAUGAAUCCCAAGGACAACAACAAGAACACAACCACGAAUUCAGAAUUACCCCAGUCCACUCAGUCCCAGAUCUUAGGACCUUGUCCUCACAGGAGAGGAGUGACCCCAGAGACAAGAGCCGACAAAGAGACCAGCCCAGCGUUCAUUCAGAACUACCCGGAUCUUCCAGGGUAGCCCAGGGCCAGGUGUUACCCACUGCAGGCCCUACCUCCAUCCCGCAGCCAUCUGCCUGCCACUUCAGCGACUCAGUAGCUCCUCAGUACCAGUCCGGUAACCACAGAGAGUCGGACAAGGACAGUGAGCACCCUCUGACCCGCCUGGAGAUCGCUCUCGCUGAGGUCCAGUGCUGCGCCAGCCCCAACACCCAGGACACCAGUAGCACCCACAGUCCGGCCCGCAGUCUCUCCGUUUUGGAAAAAGUCAGUCACUUUGAGCGUCGAAAAGCUGGGGGAAAACAGCGCAGCUACAGCACCAACUCUUACAGCAAAGCUUUUCAUCUAGGGAUGACCGACGAAGGUCGCAGUUUCCCAUGUGGAGCAGAAGACCUUAGAAAUAUGCUAGAAAGGAGCACAAAAGGGACCAAACCCCACAGGACAAUGAGUUACAGAGGAGGCAGCAACGAAUACAUGAAACACAGGACUCCCGUCGAUCCUAUUUCAGCCCUGCAGAGAAGCCGCAGCAGCUUCCAACUGGACGGAUCAAAAUAUGGAGACAUCAGCAAGAACCUUCCCUGGCGACAUGAACUCCAGGAGAUAAUGGACCCCCUGGAGGACACAACCUCAAACAGAUCCUACAGGGAUUCUGUGAAAGACGCCCAGCCUCACGUCCUUCGCUCCACUUCAUUCAGACUGAAAGAGCUAAGCUCCUCAGUCAGCUCUCCAUCUUCUGGUGUUCCUCUUCCUGUCAUCUCCUCCAGCAGUCCUCAGGCUUUCCCCGUCUCUGCUAAAUACAACUCACUAGAGAAAAAAGGCCCAAAAACCAAGCCCAAACCCCAGGGCGUUGUCAUCACUCAGCAGCCACCAGCCACUUCCCCUCAUACCCCAAAGGAGAGGCAUGUAGUCAGCCCUGACAAUGGAUGCCAGAGUCCGCCACCCCUCCCUAGCGUCCCACCAGUCGGGCCCCCUCCUGUGACAAGGAUCUGUGGCCGCAAGCGUCUGACAGCAGACCAGAAGAAACGUUCGUAUUCAGAACCUGAGAACAUGAACGAAGUUGGAGUUUCAGAUCCACAAACCACUGCCCUCUUCCGGCGUAGAGGAGAAACUAGUGUAGCAGACCGUCGGAAGAUGUUUGAACUUGCAUCAAGGCAUGUUGGUGCCCCUCAGAGUGCCAUGUCAAGGUCUGAUAUGCGGCAAGUUCGCCAAGACGCUCUUGUUGAGUAUGUGGAGAGGAAGCGAGGAGUUAGGAGGGAAGAGGGAGGACACAGGAGUGGAUCAAGGCCUCGCAGCGCUUAUCUGCAGCCUGAACAGGGCUACCAAACAGACACCUGCAGCCUCUCCUCCACCUACAGCCUACUCUCCGUUCAGGACACGGACCCAGAUCAGAGCAUCCUUUCUGGAGAGGGCAGCCUCUGCUCAACCCUUACUCCUGGACCUGAUCUGCGGAGCCUUCAGUCCAACCUUUUCUACCCAGGCAGGGUGACCACACCCAGACCUCCAGCUCAACCAAUACCUGGUUCUUCUUCUAGUUCCAGUCUUGAUCUUCAUACCCAAACCGGCCAGGAUCUGAACCCUGAAGCAGGAAUCAACAGAAAUAGUCAGUCUAUGAACAACGACUCAAACAGAGGCCAAGACCAGCAGACUGCUGAGCCUCAACACCAGCCUGGACUGUCUGAGAAGCUCAACGAGGCUUUGCAGAGGGCCGGGCCGGUUCACAGGUCUGGCAGGUCGGCCUCUGCUGAGGAUCUCCUGGAGCGUUUGGAAAAGGAAUACUCACCUCAACACAUUCGCUCUCGCUCAUCCCCAACUGCAGAGAAACUCGACCAGAACUUACUUUCAGGUGAUGUCAAGAUGUUCGGCCUCUUCUUUUCCGAAUCUGGACGCUGUGCUCUGGCUGCAGACAGACCUGCAGACAUCCAUGCAUCAGAGGGCCUUAUUUCUCCCGAGGCAUCCCAGUACAAUGAGAGCACUCUCCAGUCUGCAGUGUCUUCUCAAGACAUCUCUCACCCUCCCGUCACUCAUAGGGAGCGGCAGAGGAGUGUCGAACGUCUCGGAGCCUACAGCACCUCCACCUUGGCGGCCUCUGUCGGUCUUCCCUUCCCCUUCUCUCCUGCUGGGAAUCAACAGGACAGCGGCGCUGCUGAGUGGGAAGCCAAUGAGAGGCUGAGCCAGGCCAACCUGGAUGCCAUUACUUUCUCGGAAAUCCGGCAGACCAGUGAUGGAGAAAGCAGGAUGAAUGCCACUGGUGGAAACAGCGACAGACUGACGAGACACAGUCUGUGCGACACCAGAGUUUCAGGUGAAACCGUGAAGGAUGGACACAGAAGCAGAACCUUCAGUUUAGAGUUGACAGGAGGUCAUUCUGCAGAAAAUACCAAACCAGCUUCACCAGUCACAUCAGCACCACCACCAUACAGGAAGCCCAGUGGGAACUCCACCUCCUCCCAUCUGUCCGUCCAUCCACACCUGUCCUCUCUGAGAAUCUCUGAAUCCAGCCUCUUCGGCUCCUUUGAGCAACAGCAGCUGCAGACAUCAACAGGAAACCUUCAGGAGAUUUUGGAUGAGGUCUUCUACCACAAUUCUCCUCCUCCUCCUCCACCUCUAACAUCACCAAUUAAGGAGACAAACAUCAUGGAGGACUUCCCUCCUCCUCCACCACCACCACCACCACCACCUCCAACUGAGAUGGAAGCUGAACAUCCGUCGUUAGAAAGCUCUAAUUCAGAUAUGAUAAACAACUCUAUUCCCAUCCUGAAGUCUUCAGUUCAGUGCUCUCUUCCACUGAAGCCACAGCCGUCCAGCUCCAUCGCCACUUCCACCGCGGCCGAGGACGUCCUUGUCUUCGAGUACCAGCCGCUACCCAAGAGGGAAAAGACACCCGAGGAGCUGAGAGUGGAGGCGUUGGCUUGUCAGCUGGUGGCACAGGAUCCCUCUCUGGCGCCCCUGCUGGACACUUGGAGUGAAUGCACUGUGAAGCUAAUGGAGGAGAUGUUUUCAAACAGUAGCCUGACUGGUGAAGCACUGAGGGAGCGCAGAGGCAGUUCACUUGCAGCUGAAAGGAUCCGGGCUGAUCUCUGUGAUCUGGACCAAAGCAAGGAGACUGAUGUGGAUGAUGAAGAGAAAGACCUAAACAUCACGAAGGUGAAGCUCUGUCAGGCCCUGCAGAAGAGCGUGGAUGCCCUGCAGCGUGAGAAGCAGGCUCUGUGUGAGGAGCAGAGGCAUCACCAGGCUCUUGGUGCCAGCAUCGAGGCGCUGAUCCAAGAACACCUCAAAACCAAUGAGAAGGAGAAGUACAGCAUUUUCAUUGGAGAUCUGGAGCGAAUCGUGAACCUGUUGCUGUCUCUGUGCAGCCGCCUGUCAAGGGUUGACAAGUCUUUGAUUUCUCUAGAGAGAGACGAGUUGAUGACUGAGGACGCAGCUGAGGAGAGGGACUCCCUUCAUCACAAACGUUCUCUGCUCCUUCGUCAAACCGAAGACGCCCGGGAGCUGAAGGAGAACCUGGACCGGCGGCAGUGUGUGGUCAACGCCAUUCUGUCCAGCUACCUCACUGAAGCACAACUCCAGGACUACCGCCACUUUGUCAGCGCCAAACCCUCGCUUCUGAUUCGCCAGCGGCACCUGGAUGACCUCAUCCGGCAGCGGGAGGAGCAGCUGACCCGACUAACUGAGAGCAUGCCGACGGAGGCUGGUGGUUGGUCGCCAGGAUCAGCAUCAUCUUCUACGACCCCAGGCCCCGGUCACUCCGUCAGGUCCACCACUGUGACAUCACUGUGAUGUUAAGAGAACAUACUCCCUAAAAACUCAAACUGACGGAGCUUCAGGUCUGACCUUCUAAACCCCAUGUACAUGUACAGCCAACCUCGAGAAAAAUGAACUGCACCAAAACGUAUAGGACUGAGUUGUUAUUUCAGGAACUUUGAAGCACAGCAGAGGAGCGUCUGUAAUCACCACCACCAUGUUGAACUGUAACACUGCCACCGCUGUCUGUCUGUACGCAGCUUGUUGCACUUUGUAGCAGUCUGACCACUGUUUUCACUCUCAAUCAACGACUUCAUGGCUGAAAGCUCACAUCCCAGCAGCAGGAACAACUGAACCCUUUGUGCUUUUCAAAGAUUUGCCGCCGCACACUGAUGUUCCAUAUGUUUUACAACAAUUAUCAUAACCUCUAAAAAAUAAUUCUGGUCCAUUUUGAAGUAAACAAAAUAACAUGAAGAAUUAUAAAGGAAAACGGUUCCCAAAGAUAUUUAAUUUUGGACAAUGUGAAACCCUGAACACAGGUUGUUUACCUCUAAGAGGCUUUUCCAUGUUCCAGAAAAUCUCAGACUUGUCCUAGAAAAACAAAGAACAGCGACUGACUAGUUGAAAUUCUCCUCCAUGUCCCUCCAGCUGUGAAAAUGUGUUUCAGAGAAGCAACACGACUCCUUAUUUAAUCUCCGCCUGAAGUUUUUGUCCAAUAAAAGCACUUUUUCAGCUUA